GGAGGCGUCCACUACCUCCAGUCUCCUGUCUCAGCGUCGAGGGUGGGGGGCCCAGGCACUGUCGCUUGGGCUGCUGUAGCCGCGGGAGCUGGCCGUGACCCCGGAGAGAUUAUGGUGCCAACGUCAGGGGCACAGGCGGCUUGUGGGUGACAGAUCGGUGGUAGUGAGACUUCCGGGUCUUUGGGACCUAGCCCUUCUGUCUCUGGGCGACUCAACUUCGCUUUUGUGUAACAUGCUUCCCAAAGUUGUCAGGAGCAAAGGGGUACUCAAUCUGUGGCAGCUUAGCGAUCAGGGUGCACAGACACUUCAAAAUAAUAACGAAGCAAUGUUACUGUUAUCCCUUGGCAUCAGGACUCCCGCCACUGUUCUCUAUUGGCUUGUCUCGUGCUCUAGAAGACCAGCGUGUCUCUUGGACCAAGCUGUUAGUGGCUGGCUAGCCCACGACAGGUUGCCCACAAGCAUGUACAGCUGUUCUAUGGAAGUUCAAGGGUCUGUCAUCCCGUGUUACAGGAGGGAAGACUGGUAGCGUCCGCACGACAGGUGGUACAGCUCUUUGGCCAUUGCGCGCCAGGCGGGCCAAAAGGAAAUGAGACCACCGGGGCACUCUAGCAGGGGCGAACUUGAGAGACAGAAUGUGGGCCUUUGGGCUAAGUGCAGUUCUGUCUGCCUGGCUCACCAAGGGAACGUGGGCCCAGACAGCUUUCUCCACACCGAGGCUCCCGUUACAAGUACACACAAGGUCAGACGUGAGGCUUAGGCAGGACUGCCGAGAACUCCAGGCCAGCCUUGGCUUCAGUGGGAGGCCCUUUCUCAAAAAGAACAAAAGUAAAUAAACUCGAUCAGGCCCUGAACAACUGUCACUCACUCGCCACCACCCCCCACUUUGCGCAGACAACGUAGCCUUGCGCCUUUAAAUCCGGAGUGCGUCCGUGGUUUCCGCCCCCGCCGGCCAAGGGGCGUGCCUGGCGCUCAUUGGCUGAGCUGCGCAGUCUUGAGCACGUGUGCGCAGGAGUUGUGCUCUCGGAUUGGAACGAGGGCGUGCUUAUCCAGCGUGCCUUUCGGGUCACUCGCCGGUCCGGGCCUCGGCGUUCGGUUCCCGGGGCUUGCACGUUCCAUUCCCAGGCGGGUCCUGGGGCUCCAGGGUCCUACUCGCUGCGUCCUCGGGUCGGUGCGCUGACGCCGGGACGCAGGCAACCAUGGCCGAGUUCUCCCAGAAGCAGAGGAAGCAGCAUGGCGGAGAGGGCCUGGGCAGCGUGGUGGACUUCCUCCUGGCUAAUGCUCGUUUGGUGCUAGGUGUGAGCGGGGCGGCAGUGCUGGGCAUUGCCACCCUGGCUGUAAAGCGGCUCAUCGACAGGGCCACUAGCCCUCGGGAUGAGGAUGACAGCAAGGGGGACGGCUGGAAGGAGCUGAGCCUGCUGAGAGCCACAUCACACCAACAGCCCCAACCCCCCCCUGCCGCCCUCAGCCAGCCCAUACCUCUCCUGUCCCCCUCACCCUCUGCCCCAGUGGAGCCCACACACACUCAUUCUCAGAAGACGCCAACACCUCAGCUCAGCUCCCCAGCGCCCCUCUGCCUGACAUUCCAGGAGAAGCUGCUGGCAUUUGAGUGCAACCACGUGAUCGUCCCGGAAGCCCACGUGACUUUGGUGAAACAGCUGGUUGGAGACAUUGCCUUGGAGCUGCAGGCCUACUUGAGGAGCAAGUUCCCAGAACUGCCCUUUGGGGCACUUGUACCAGGGGGGCCUCUCUACGAGGGGCUACGGGCAGGGGCUGCUGAGCACGUGCGCCUGCUAGCGCCUCUGGAGUUAGAACCAGGUCUGUGGAGCCUGGUACCUGGUAUGGACACCGUGGCCAGGGAACCUCGAUGCUGGGCUGUGCGCAGGACCCAGCUGGAGUUCCAUCCCCGUGGGCGCAGCCCAUGGGACCGCUUCCUGGUGGGGGGUUAUCUUUCCUCCCGUGUCUUGUUGGAGCUGCUACGGAAGGCCCUGGCAGCCUCUGUCAACUGGCCAGCCAUUGGUAGCCUACUGGGAUGUCUGAUCCGGCCCAGUGUGGCUUCGGAAGAACUACUACUGGAGGUUCAACAUGAGUGCCUGGAGUUCACGUUAGCCGUGCUCAUGGUGGUCCCUGGGGCCAGCACGGAUGACCGUCUUCUGCUGGCUUGGCCCCUGGAGGGGCUGGCCGCCAAUCUCUGGCUGCAGGAUCUAUAUCCGGUAGAGGCUGCCUGUUUGCGGGCCCUGGAUGACCGGGAUGCUGGCAAUCGCCGGAGGUUGUUGCUGCUGCUGUGUGGUGUGUGUCGUGGCCAUCCGGCUCUGGGGCGGCUGGGCUGGAGUCACCUGACCCAGGUGGUUUUGCAUCUGGGGGAAGAGGAAGUGGCCUGGACCGAGGAGGCCUUGGGGGAUCGCUUUCUGCAAGCCCUGGAGUUUCUGGUGGGCAGCUUGGAGCAGGCCAGCCUGCCCUGUCACUUCAACCCCAGCGUGAACCUCUUGGGCAGUUUUCGGGAAGAGGAGAUCGAUGACAUGGGCUACGUACUGUACAGUGGUCUCCAGGUCCCUGAGAGCCUACUCUAGGUGGAUGAUGACUGGGAUUGGCUUGUUUUCUGAUGCUGAAGAGCAGCAGCCACCUCCCUCCCAGGACAUUGCAGAGUGGGGCUUGCUUUAUUUUAGCCAGAGUGGAGGGGAGGAUCCAUUACCUAGGCCCAUGGGUGGGCAUGUGCCUGGGUGAUGGUGACCAGGAUUCCCAGAUCCAGAGAGUCUGGGUUGCUGUCACCUAACGUGGCUAACCUGGCCUGGCUUUCGGUGCCAGCCACGCUGAUGCCCCCUGGCCCUCCAGGGUUCACUUAGGAUCUUGGGCUCAGUCUAUCAUCACCAGCAGUGAACUCACCAAGAGUGAGACAUGGCUUUGGAUUUCCUAGGCUUCACCUAGGCAAAGGCUGGUUCCAACUUUUUGCCAAGAAGGAAACCUAAUGUUCUUGGUUGGGUAACAGCCCCAGUAUCCUGGAGGCACGCACAGCUGGUCAUUGAGUCUCUGGGGCUGGAAUCACCUGGUGCCCUGGAGGAUAGCUUCUUAGCUGUUGAAAGAUGUUUUCCUGAUGGUCAUGCAUUUGUUUUUCUGGUUGAGUCCUCAGGCCCCGAAGUGGAAGGUGUCUCCCUUGCUGCCUGCCUGCCUGCCUUAUACCCCAGGGAAGGAAGGUCUUGUUUUCCUCCUGCUUGGUGGGUUUUCUUUGUAGGUCACAAAUUACCUCUGGGAGAGCCCCUUCCUCACUGGGGAGCUGAGCUCUGUGCUGUCCCAUAGUGGCUGCUCCUGGACCUCACUGCAGGGUAGAGGACACGCCCCUCCCAGAGGCCUGUGUGCAGCCCUGGCCUCUGCAGUGUGCCAAAAUAUUUGAUAAAUGUCUGACCUGGCACCCUGGUUAAGUGGCAUGGCUGGAGGAGGGAGAUGACCUUCCCCGCCAGGGGGCCUUUCUAUUUUAAGUACCACUCCUCCUACACACACACACACACACACACACACACACAC